GCGCCAUGUUUUUGGUAUCGCCUAAAACCGUAGCGUUGUGCAUCUCCGUACUCAUCUCUGUUGUGUCAUCGUUCUGUGUAGUUCUGUCGCACGUCGCAAUUUACGGUUGUUUUUCAGGCCAGGUUUUUGACACUUCUCUCUAACAUAAUUGGAAGCGUUUACUCUCAUUAAGUGAAGCCUUACAGUACUACUGAUUAAACGCAGUAAAAAUGGGUGGACCCGUACUUCCAGAUAUUCCAGCACCUUUAAAAAGUAUUCAACAUUAUUUGAAAGUAGCAACAGAACAUGAUCAGCGAGAUCCGGUCGUUAGUUAUUGGGCUCGACUGUACGCUUUGCAAACAGGUCUCAAACUUUCGACAAAAACUACAGAAGAGACAAAUUUUUUGCUAAAACUAAUGGACUGGCUCGAAUCUACCAAGAAAGCGAUGCAUGACAAUGAAGCCAUAACUAAUGAAGUUGCUGCACAAGCUCAUUUGGAGAAUUGGGCUUUAAAACUGUUCUUGUAUGCUGACAAGAAUGAUCGAGCAUCCAACUUUGGAAAGAGUGUUAUUCAGAGCUUUUAUACUGCUGGUAUUCUGUAUGACGUACUAACAACGUUUGGAGAACUUACUGAGGAAGCUGCACAAAAUAGGAAAUAUGCAAAAUGGAAAGCAGCAUAUAUUCAUAAUUGUCUGAAAAAUGGGGAAACUCCAAUGCCUGGUCCAAUGAAAGAUGAAAAUGAGGAAUUAGAAGAAGACGAGAACAAUGAUGUUCCACCUGCACCUGCUGAAGAUUCUGGAGAAGCAGAUGAUAUAACAGUAGAUGAGGAAGCAAAUAAAGAAAUUGAAGAAUCUCAGCCAGCUCCGGAUGAAGAUCCUAUAAUUUCUCAGCCAGCGGAGAAUGAUGAACCAGUUACUGAUGCGGAACCAGCUGGCGAAGAUGCCGAUGGCGAAGCGCCUAGAAGUCAACCAGCCGAACCUCCACCUAGCGAUGCUUAUGGUUUCCCAUCGGUCCCAGGAAGUUCAAAUUCAACCAGUCCACAACCUAGUCAGGGAAAUCUAUCUUAUCCAACUCUUCCGACGCCAGUGAAUCCUGCUGCUAAUAAUCCUACGCCAGUUUCGACGAAGCAGGGCUCUAGACAGUCAUUACAAUUUGAUCCGGAAGACUACGGCGGCACUCCAAAGACAGAAGGUGGUGUUACAUUGGACAUGGAAGAAUUGGGUAAAGCCCAAAAGUAUAUAAAAUGGGCUGGAAGUGCCUUGAAUUAUGAUGACGUGCCUACCGCAGUACUCAAUUUGCAAAAAGCUCUUCAUCUCCUUACGACCGGUCAGGACCCAGCCUAAAGGAGCACUUCAAUAAAGGGCUCCGGAUUAGUCGUAAUAUUGUGAUUAAAUCUAAAAUCAAAUACUUAUAAUAACUUUUUCGCAAGCGGAAAAUGAAGGUUAAUUGUAUGAGACUAAAUAUACUCGCCACUCCACGCGACUGCACAUUUCACAAAUUCUUCAACGCUUCUAUGCAUUCUUCAAAAUGGAUGUUCAAAAAUGGAGUAAUGAGAUAUUUUCAAAGCAUUUCUAUGCGGUUCUUUAGUCCUGAAAAUGCAUUUGUUUAGUACAGCUUGGACUACCCACUAAUAGCUGCUGAUAUUUGGGCAGGAAGAACAUUUGUGUAACGUGAGAAUAUAGUUGAAAUUGUUCUUGAGAGGAAAACUGUUAAAUAGAAUUGCAUAUAUAUUUUUUACUGUUUUAAUUACGUACGAUUUUGCAAACAGAAAGAUUUUGCAAACGAAAAUAUAGCGCCUAAACUAAAAUUUGCAAAUGCCUGUAAAUAACCGUGUAGUUCGUCUAUUAUUAUCGAAUAAAUAUUCUACCAAACGUAAAA